AAGCGGCGCUUUCUUCAGUACCAGCAUUGACACUACUCCGGACACUGUUCGCUAAGUGCUUAUUUAGAGCUACAGAGAGAAGCGGAAAGAGGCGAUAGGAUUCAGUUUGACCAGCAAUGGCAGGCAAGUAAAAAAAAAAAAACAUCUACACGACUGAAGCCACUGAAAUGAGCGACAGAGCCGAGAUGAGAGGGCCCGUAACCCGCCGAAGGAGGACGACCAUCUCCGGCGGUGGCGGAGCGGUCAGCGUGAAGCAAGCCAACGGCAGCAAGUGGCACGAUGCAGGGGAGAAACCUCCACAGUAUCCCGCUAAAGGCAAAACAGAAGAGGAGGUGUACAGGCAUGCAAGUAACAACGGGAAGAUGGACAGACAGACGGGGGUGUCAGGGCAGCGGCAGCAGCAGCAGCAACAGCAGCAGCAGCAGCAGCAGCAGCAGCUCACAAACACUCCGAAGAAACAGAGGAGUGCAGUGGAAGAUAUCAACGAGAGACUCAGCUGUCACGUCUUCCAAGAGUCUCUCUUGAGCUCAGCCAGCGGUUACAGCAACUACAGAGGAAUCCUCAACUGGUGUGUCGUCAUGCUGGGGUUGAGUAAUGCACGUCUCUUCUUGGAGAACAUUAUAAAGUAUGGUAUCUUGGUAGACCCUAUCCAAGUGGUAUCGCUCUUCUUAAAGGACCCCUAUAGCUGGCCAGCAGCUUGCCUUAUCAUUGCGUCGAAUGUGUUCAUCUUAGCAGCCUUGUACACAGAGAGACGUUUAGCUGUGGGAACCAUUUCCAAAACUACAGGACUGAUUCUUCACAUUCUUAACCUGACAUCCAUGUUGAUCUUUCCUUCAGCCACCGUACUCACUGUGACCUCCAUGACCCCAGUGGGUGGUGUGCUCUCUCUAGGUGUCUACACAGUGCUGUUUCUCAAGCUGUACUCCUACCAAGAUACCAACAGGUGGUGUCGAGAAAUCAGACAAGCCAAAGCCAAAAGAAUGACACGAUCAUACUCGUGUCCGUCUGUGGCCCAGUCCAAUGGUUCAGCAGUUCACACUCACGUCUCCUACCCAGGCAACCUCACCCACAGAGACAUGUACUACUUUGUCUUUGCACCAACUCUCUGCUACCAGCUCAACUUCCCACGGUCACCCCGAAUACGCAAAACUUUCCUGAUGAGAAGACUUUUUGAAAUGCUUUUCUUCAUGCAGCUGCUGGUGGGAUUAAUACAGCAGUGGAUGGUUCCCACUAUACAGAACUCAAUGAAACCAUUCCAGGAAAUGGACUUUUCUAGGAUGGUGGAGCGCCUGUUGAAACUAGCUGUCCCUAACCAUCUGAUAUGGUUAAUAUUCUUCUAUUGGUUUUUCCACUCCUCCCUGAACUUUGUGGCAGAGCUGCUGCAGUUUGGAGACAGAGAGUUCUACAGGGACUGGUGGAACUCUGAGACUGUCACCUAUUUCUGGGCCAACUGGAAUAUCCCAGUGCACAAGUGGUGCCUCAGACACUUCUAUAAGCCAAUGUUGAGGAGGGGGAUCAACAAGUUUCUGGCUCAAACCGCUGUCUUUCUGGUGUCUGCCUUUUUCCACGAGUACCUGGUGAGUGUUCCUCUGAAGAUGUUCAGACUCUGGGCCUUUAUGGGGAUGAUGGCUCAGGUUCCUCUGGCCUGGUUUGUGGGCCGCUUCCUGAAUGGAAACUAUGGAAACGCCGCCGUGUGGAUCUCCCUCAUCAUUGGCCAGCCUGUCGCUGUGUUGAUGUAUGUCCAUGACUACUACGUCAUCCAUUAUGGGAGCACCACAUAGUACUAGACAAAUGCAUACAUGCUCGUACACUACACUUGCACACGCACACGCGCACACACACACACACACACACACACACACACACACACACACACGGUGAGUGAAUGUACAAGAAAUUAAGGCGGCAACAAUGGAAAAUCCCUGCUAAUAGGAAGCUGUCAGGAAACCACAGCAACAGCAGGAAAACUAUCUUGACUUCUUCAUUUUUGCACUUAUGAGAAAUGGACCACAGUAUGUCAGGAACUUAUUCUAACAACAUGAGAAGUGCUUGAUUCAAAGCAAUAUUCCACUUUGGUAUGACAUACGCCUUUGUGGUCAGCCGUCAGUAUUAUUAAACCUCGGGAGCCACCAUCACUACCAGCUCUCAUUAUCUGCAUCAGCUGUUGUUAAUAGCACUUGGAUUUCUGUUAUUGAAAUUGAUCCCUCACUUUGCUAGAAGUAUGUUUUUAUCAAAAACAAAAGCAAAUGUGUGGUGCUAAGGUUUCCCAGAGUGGCCGAUAUUGGCGGUUGAUGAUCCAUGAGCUCAUACAGAGGUUAGGUGCCCCGAUUGAAACCAUCAUGCUUAAGCUUUAACAAUUUCUUAAACUUCAAAAGCACUUCAAUGCAUUCAAAAGUGGAAACACAGCUUGCACCCAAGAACUCCUCCCUGUGGAUAUUUUAAAAUGCACACACCGUCCUGUGCAGCAAAUACGAGCCACUGCCGAGCGAGCACAAGCCAGAACAGGAUCCUGCCACCGUCGAGCCAACAAGAGAAAUGUUGUGUCUAUAUCAGUGGCUGAGAAGUUGCCCUUUUUCUUGAAUCCAAAGGCAACAGAGAAAUUUUGAAGCCAGUUUGUUUUUGCAAGCCAAGGCUCAAAAAUUCUAAUAGCCAAUUCAUGUCUUUUUACGUUGAUUCUGUGUUCCUAUUCAAGCGAAUGGGAGAAUGGUGUCAGACGUUUUGACUCCACUGUAUAUAUCCUGUAUAUCCCCCCUCUUUGAUGCAAUGUAAUUGUCAAGAACCACAGACGUUUCUAUAAAAGGAUUUGUUAAAAAAAAAAAAAAUAAAUAAAUAUGUGAAGAAAGGACCCCUCUCCAAAAACAAGAGAAAGUAAAAAGCUUGUUUUCGUGACUGUACAGUCGUGGGCCUGCAGGCAGCCUCCUCUCUCCUGUUUCUCAACUACAAACAUCAAUGCAAGCUCUCAGUAUAACAGUACAUGCUACAGGUGUGUUAUUUGCCUUGGCUUUAUUAGCUUUUUUUUGAGUUGCACUGGAAUUAUCAGAUGGUUUAUUUGUAUAAUUUUAUUUGAUGUGACAGCAGUUACAUUGUGCCAUCUGAAAGAUAUUAUUUAUGUUGGAUUUUAUGUUAAAGGAAUGAUUUAAUGCAGUAGUUGAUUUACUGAUCUGAACCAAUGAAUGUUUUUUUGCACUUUAAAGAGAUGCAUGCUGUUAAAGCAAUAGAUUUAUAUGAAUGUAUUCUUUAAGUUGUAUCAUUCAUGUGAGGAAAAUGUGUUAUGUCGGAAUAAUUUGUAUGUUCUGUAAUUUGCUUUUUGACAUUUUCUCGUACAUGGUUGGCUCAAUUUCAGUUAUUUUUUAGUAAAAUAGCAGAUGCAGCAGAAAUACUUGGAGUUUCAAACUGCCUUUUCAUGCCAGAGGUUUUUUCAAUAUUGAAAUCCUGAGGAGAAUCUUUUUCUUGAUUUGAUCUCGAAGUUAGAGCCUGAUACUGUUGCCAAUAUGGAAAUUGCCAUAUAGAAUUUAAUAUAGGAAGACAAUUAGUUAUUUUACUUCACGUUUUAAUCUGUUUUCUAAAUACCCAAUGAGAGCUGAGUGACCAUGUUAAAUCAGAGCCUUUUAAUGUUUAAAAACAUGUCCCGUAUGACUUCCUCAUUGAUCACUUUUCAGGGAAAUAAUGGUUGUUAAAUCAUAACACCAGUCAUCAAAAACACUGCGUGUUCACAUUCCUUGUUGAAAAAAGUGCCUGCUGUAAAAAGUAUGCUUCAACUCCAAAUGUAAAAAGACAAAUAUGUUAUAUGUUAUGUGGAAAAGACACCGAGGCCAAAUACUUAAAAAGGAAAGACAUUUCCUUAACCUUAUUCUCAGUAGCCAAUGGAUUCACAAUGUAUUCAUAUUGUGGUGUGUUUAAGUAUUUGGGAACCUCCAGUAAAACUUUGGUUCAAAAGUUCAGUGCAUUAUUGUUAGUUGAGUAAAAACACUAAAACACUGAAGUCAGUCGGUGUCAAAAACUGCUGGCAAAUGACUAACAACUCCUGAAUGGAACUUAACUUGAAAUUUAGCCAAACUUAGAUAAUUUGACAUCCAUUGGUAAAUAGAAUUUAAUUGAAUCAAACGAUGUGGAUAGAAAUUUUAUUUUUUUUCAUUUGAAUUACCCUCAUAUGAAAAAGUACUUCCCAAACCAAGGUCUUUACUUUAAAUUCUGCCUUGCUUUUUAUUUUUUGUGAGAAAACUGCAAAGUAUGAAGUGACAGGGUGCCGACCUGUGCAUUGAACAUAAAUGUCUUGAGAUGGAUUUAUCAAAAUUCUUUUGAGAAUAGGUUUUAUCUCUCAGCUCACCUUUUUGUGGUAUUUGUCUGAAACCCACCACUUUCUGUUUCUACAUUAUAACUGCACUAAGUCUGCUUUUGGAAUAUGAGUUUAAAAUGCUAAAGAUGCAGCUUUAAGUUGAACUGUAUUUCAAGGGUUGAUUUUGCCAUUUCAUUAUUAUGUGAUGCGAAAUGUAAAUUAAGUGUACUGCUAAUUUGUUCAUACAAAUGUAAACUGAAAUCCAAAGUGAAACAAAGAUUAUAUGUUUUGGGAAUGAAAAUAAUUUUCAUAGCCUUUCACUUGAAAUGAUUUGUGUGUUUGAUAAAGAUUGUUUAUAUUUGA